AGCCACACGGAGAGCCAAAAAUAUGCCUGACAAACGUAUGCGCAUAACUACGGAGUUUAAUUGAUCAAACGAGUGCGAGAUGCGGGCGCAAAGUUUCCGUAACAACGCAAAGCGCGGCACGAUGCUUCUUGUUUGAAAAUGGCGGCUGACGAGGACAUGGAACUUCGAGACUUGUUGCUCGAAACACUCGAGAAAAAAGGGAUCAUCAACCGAAUAAAGGCAGAACUACGGGCCAGCGUGUACCUGGCCCUUGACGAGCAGGAAGGCAUCAGACCUUUCGAGAGGUCAGUCAAGCAGGCAGACGUUCUCGCCACGGACGAGGGCCGAUUGGCAGCUUCGCUAGUGCGUGACUUCCUGCGAUGCUGCAACCUCCACUUCACUCUCAGCGUCCUGGAACCCGAGGCAACGCUGGCGGAUCCUCUCAGCCGAGGGGAACUGUGCAGUCGACUUGGGUUGGAGGAACAGAAGGGUCCACUGCUGCUCCAGCUGCUUCGUCCUGUGCUGCUGGAGACACCAGCACCACAGAUUCCCGACACCAGCCAUGCCAGAGUUGCAGCACUGGAACCAGCGGUAAAGAACAGGGCUGCUGAGACGGCUCCAGCAAAGGUCGAGCUAGCAGAGCUUGCACUAGGUGGAAUUUCACGUGGAGCCAGCCGGCUGCCUCCUCUCUCGGGUGCCAAGGUCCUCCCCAGUCUCGAACCACAAGCAGUCUCUAAUCCUGAGGGAGAGUCCCAUUCGCUACAAAGUACGGCCUCUCGGAAGACCAAUCACAGUGGAUCAGAGGAAAGUGUCGAGGAAGAGCUCUCCCGCAUCGACGACAGCAGCCUGUCCACCACGGCCGAUGAUCGCACAGUCGACUUGACGGUCUCCCGGGCGAGUGACGUGGAAGGCUGCGACUACGCUGAGCCAGCCCACUGAUCGUACUGCUUAGAGAUGUGCAUGAGCCGCAGUCUCGCGACCCCUCCCGGCCCGGGCUCGAUGCUUGCUAUAGGUGGGCCAGCCUGGCUCCAUGAUGUAUAGAGGACGGGCCGCCCAGGCGGCUCAUACCCAAGGCCCGGCUCGACCUGGCCCGAUUCAAUGAACGACACAAUAAAGCACGUGGCAACAGAAAAGUGAAAA